AUGAUUUCUGCAUGCAGUGAGCUGCGGAAAAUGGUUAAGUUCGUGGGUAGACAUUCUGCCUUCUGUGGUGAGGUUAGUUAUCUUCUUUUUGAAGUGCUACGAAUUCUUAAGACUGCGGAGUUGCUGAUUAUGGCUUUCACAUUUGCUGCAUUUUGUUAUCUUUUUGCUCUGUUUGCCGUAGCAUUUUGCAUUUUCUUCGCCAUAUUCACAGUUAUUUGCAUCGAUGAACUAAAGACAGAGUAUAAAAAUCCAAUAGAACAGUGCAAUAGUUUGAACCAGUUGGUUUUACCAGAAUAUUUACUUCAUAUCAUCCUUACUUUUCUUUUCGUCUUGUCGUUUCAACUUGGAGGACUUUGCUGGAAUAUACCACUUAUUGCAUAUCAUAUUCAUAGAUAUAUUCAGCGUCCUGUGAUGACUGGACCAGGAAUAUAUGACCCGACCACGAUUCUAAACAAAAAUGAACUUCAAAAAGCACUAAAAGAAGGCUGGAUAAAGCUUGGAUUCUAUCUGAUAUCUUUUUUUUAUUAUUUGUAUGCCAUGAUAUACACGAUGGUUACUUCCUCUUGA